CGAUUCUUCAGCUGCUCAAGCUGGAGUCAUUUGGGAGCUGUAUCCGUAAUCCGCCCGUCUGUCUCUCGGUCGGCAUCCUAGAUAGAUAGAACAAAAGGUUGCGAAGGAGUCGUCGCGCGUCCGUUCUACUCCCAUCACGCCCCAAUGUCAGCCGGAUCCGAUCAAAAACUUGCGACAGAUACACCCAUCACAACUGAGCGAUCUCUGACUUCCAUCCAGGGAAAAGAUGCAAUGAAUCCAAAGGUGGAGACCUCCACUUCUGGUUCUGGGGCGCGCUUAUCCUGCACCACAUGCUUCGACUCUCUUUGGUUUUGCUACUCUCCAGUUCACCAGAUGCAGCAAUACUAUAGGCUGGGAGUACUUGAUAACUGUUCUGAGAAGUGGAAUGCUCUUUUUGAUUGUUUCAAUCUGAAAACAAAACGAUCAUCUGAAAUGCAAGAAAUUCUGGAAACUCGUCAGAAAACCAAACCUCACAUUUGGUCUUUUCGCACAGCAGAAGAAGCAUCAUCUCAUUGGAAAGAGUUGUUCGGCCAUAUAAAUGACCCAGAAUGACUAAAAUUUCCUGCUGCUUUUCAAAUGCAGAAGAUGGUGUGCCCGUCUCAAUUUUGUAUUCAAUUUUCAUGGAUUUCACUCCACGGUAAUGCCCCAAAAAUAGGGGGGAACCGGGAAAUAUUCAAAUAUAGUAGAAAGAACAAGAACCCAAGUUAACCUGGUUUGCAGAUUAACUAACCAGAGUGACUUCUCUCAUGUUUUACAGUUUUAGGUUGGGGUAGAGGUUAGCGAACUCACCCACAUGGAGGUGAUCUAAAAAAGGGGUCUUGAUUCUGUAUCCAUCACUUUAAUUAUCACUUUGCAGCUUUAUUACUUAUUCCUUUAUUUAUUUA